AUAUAUGUUGAAUAAACGCAUGAUAUUGUCAAAAUCUGUUUGCUGUAAAGUGAUUAUGAUCGUGUAAUAUUUAAUGAAUGAAAGUUUAAUGUUGGAUUGGUUGUUAGAAGUAAUUAAACAAAACAUCACGAUGUGUCCAACAACGGAAGCGUACACGGACGUGGUGGAGCUCUGCGCGCUGCUUCAAUGCCUCGGGUUCAGCGUGAAGUCGCUCAACACGAGCGAUGGCAACAUGAGCCAGGAGAAUGGCGCCAGGACCGUGGUCAUCAACUGCCAGGCUUCGGGACUGCAUGUGGUGCUGGAAAGCGGAAGUUCCUCAUGCUCCUGUCCACCCGAAGCCAGCCAGCAAAACAGUGGCGUGUGGCACGUGUCUGGGAUAGCAGGCGGCCAACGGCUUGACAAGGAGUUCGGCUGCUCAAUCCUUGGCCAGCUCCCUAAGGCGCAUCGCGAGCGCUUGUCGGCGGAACUGCGCGUGAUGAUGCGCUGCAUCAGGGAGAGCGGCGACAUCGAUGACAAGUCCAAGGAAAAGGGCAACAAGUCCGCCAGCAUGAUCGAGGUCAAGGUGUCUCCGGAGAGUAAGACAUCUUGUCCGCGGAGCGCGAGUGCGCUGCAUCAGGAGAGCGGUGACAUCGACAAGUCCAAAGAAAAGGCCAACAAGUCCGCCAGCAUGAUCGAGGUUAAGGUGUCUCCGGAGAGGCAUAUUAGUCUUUCAAAAGCGGAAACUCCAACCCGUUACCGAUCCCUGGACACGCUGACGGCGGCGAAGGAGGCCGACCAGCGGUUGCCGACGCCUGGCUUGCUGCAGAAAAAGCUUGUGCUCACCGACACGUCCACUGAUGACGUCACUACUGAUAACAAAAAGUUGAUGUGUCGAAGGCAAAGCACUUACACGUUAACACCUCCCGGCAGUGUCAAGAUUCGCAACAAGACGUCUAGCCCCCUCCAGCAGCCCCGAAGCGUGGUACUCGAGAACCUAAUAGCCGCUGAGAAGGCAGCCGAGAGUCUCCGCCAACAACUGGCCACGAUUAUCAAACAAUUCUCUGAUGAGGGAAAGGAUGAUUCUUCCAUGUCCUCCCUGGCGCUCGAUGUCUCCAAGAUAUCGGUAUUGAAGGGCACAGAACCAAUGAAAACUCAGUUCGCGUCAAGCCCCAACCUCUCCGGCCUAGGCACCGUCUACGAAGACAUGAAGAAGAACAAACUAUUGAGAAUAGAAAGUGCAUCCACUUCGAGCCUGCAGGUGCCCAAGAAACAGACGCCUAACAAAGAUGGCGGGAUGGUUUCCAAGCUUAGACGCAUCUCGCCGAACUUCUUCAAGAAGAAUACUUUGAGCAUAAAUAAUGAUAAAUUGAAACCGCAAGAUAAGAAUAGCAAAUUAAAUAGCAUCUUCAAGCCAAAGGCAGUAACUCCUAAACUUAAAUCAGAAUCAAGCCCAAACCUCAGUGCAUCGACAAAGAAGAGAUUUAGUCACAUCAAAUCCACCAUACCCCGACCUACGCCAAAAAAGGAAUAACAUUUAAAGAAAUAUUUAAAAUGCUUUUAAAAUGUAUUUAUUUAACUAUUGGAUGGCAGUGUCUUUUAUUAAAUAUAUUAACUAAACUAAUAAGUAAUAACA